GCCAUUUUGCUAGCGAUAUUUCGGCGCUCGGCCAUUUUUGUUGCGUCGACGUCAAGUGUGGCCAGAGGCCUUUCAUCGUAGCCAGUAUUCGAAUUUCCUUUGUACCGAAUUAUCGACAGGCAGAAACUGUAAUUCUAAAUACUUGACUUAGUCGACAAGUUUCGUUUUUAGCUCAUCAAGAAACGGAAGGAAAGAGAAAAGGAACGAACAAUUGAAAUUUUUUGCUUAGUGAUUGCCUAGGUGAGAAAUAGCUAAAGAGCUUCUGCGGCAGAGCUACGAAAAAUACGCACCGAGGCGGAGUAAUAUGAGUAAUGCAGCCAACCAGAAUGGAUCAGGUCUAGAGCAGCAGUUAGCUGGUCUGGACUUGCAGGGCUCCCGCCAACCAAGUGGGGGUCGCUACGUAGCACCGCAUUUGCGAAAUAAGUCUGGAAGCAACGCGCCUUCUGGCGGUGAUCACCAUUUUUCUUCCAACUCAAGACCAUAUUCCGAUAGAGAUAGAGGAAGAGAUCGCGAUCGUGAAAGGGAAAGGGAUAGAGAUCGUGAUAGGGGAAGAGGUGGUUCAGCCUACAGAGAUACACGCUCUCGUGAUGUCGACUUUGGAAAUUUCGGGAAUUUUGGUGGGCGCAACAGACGUAGUGCCAAUCAAGAAAAUGGAAGAGAUUAUAGAUAUGCCAAUUCUGACCGAGAGCGAGAUCGUCAAAUUAAUUCUGGAAAUGACCGUUGGCAGGAUCAACCUAGAAACGAUCGCUGGCAAGAGAGCAGAAACGAUCACAGAAUGGGUGGUAGAUGGAAGGACGAUAGAGAGGGAGGUAGAACAAACUCUGAAAUCGACUGGACAAUUCCCACUUCAAGAGACGAGCGAUUGGAGGUGGAGCUGUUUGGUAGUGGCAAUACUGGCAUUAACUUUAGUAAAUAUGAGGAUAUCCCAGUUGAGGCUACUGGGGAUAACAUACCUCCACAUAUCACAUCUUUUGACGAAGUUAAGCUGACGGAGAUAAUAAAGAAUAGCAUUACUUUGGCUGGUUAUGAUAAACCCACGCCAGUACAGAAAUAUGCGAUACCGAUUAUUAUCGGGCGCCGUGAUGUUAUGGCCUGUGCCCAAACGGGGUCUGGUAAAACAGCGGCCUUUUUAGUGCCAAUAUUAAAUCAGAUUUAUGAAAGCGGGCCACGUGCACCUCCAGCCAACACUUCUGGAAAGCGUAAACAUUUCCCUCUUGGUCUGGUACUAGCACCUACUAGAGAGCUUGCUACGCAAAUAUAUGACGAGGCGCGGAAAUUCGCAUAUAGAUCACGUAUGCGUCCUGCUGUUGUUUAUGGUGGUUCGAACAUUGUAGAUCAAAUGCGAGAAUUAGAUCGCGGUUGUCAUCUUCUUGUUGCAACACCUGGUCGCCUUGUAGAUAUGUUAGGGCGAGGUAAAAUUGGGUUGCAUAAUUGUCGAUAUUUAGUAUUGGACGAAGCAGACCGUAUGUUGGAUAUGGGUUUCGAGCCACAAAUAAGACGUAUAGUCCAGGAGGACACAAUGCCUCCUACUGGGGAAAGGCAGACACUUAUGUUUUCAGCUACGUUUCCGAAAGAAAUUCAAAUGUUAGCAAGAGACUUCCUCAGUAACUAUAUCUUUUUAGCUGUAGGCCGUGUUGGUUCUACAUCUGAAAAUAUUACUCAGAAAAUUGUAUGGGUGGAAGAACAUGAUAAGCGUUCUUAUUUGCUUGACCUUCUUCAAGCUGGCAACUACUCAGAUUCUUCUGCUGAGUCAUUGACUCUAGUAUUUGUGGAAACAAAGAAAGGUGCAGAUAUGUUGGAAGAAUAUUUACAUCAUAUGGGAUAUCCGGUGACUAGCAUUCACGGUGAUCGAACACAACGUGAACGAGAAGAAGCUUUGCGUCGCUUCCGAGCUGGUAAAGCGCCGAUACUUGUUGCUACCGCCGUUGCUGCCCGUGGGCUUGAUAUUCCACACGUGAAGCACGUAAUCAACUUCGAUUUACCGGGAGAUGUUGAAGAAUACGUUCAUCGAAUUGGCCGUACUGGUCGUAUGGGAAAUUUAGGUUUAGCAACGUCAUUCUUCAACAGCAAGAAUAUUAACUUGGUGCGCGAUUUGGUAUCUCUUCUGAUUGAAGCUAAUCAGGAACUUCCUCCUUGGUUAGACGAUAUGUUCUCUGAAGCGAGAUAUUCUGGAGGUGGAUCUCGUCGGGCUGGGAGUACCAAAGGCCGAUUUAGCGGUGGGUUUGGUGCUAGAGAUUAUCGUCAAACACCAAGUUCCGGAUCUGCCCGUAAUAAUGGUUCCUCCAAUAGGCCUGGCAGUUACGGAGGAAGUUAUGGCAAUUACGGAGGUAACUAUAACAGCCCGUAUAAUAGUUCUGCUAACAAUGUCAGCGGUAAUGAUCCUGAUUGGUGGGACAAGUAAAAAUCAUUAUCGCCAUUUCUAUUUUCACUUUUACCAUUAUUACUAUCUGUACACGUAAAUUCAAAUAUAUGUAAGAAAGACACGUACGACAUACACAUCGGGUACAACACGCACGUAUUUGCGCGCGUAUACGUAUACACAAGAAAAGACAGUAUCACGUAUAAACAAAUCACAUUCGCUGACUGCCUGUGCACUACAAUUUUCAAACUAAAAAGAAAAAAGAUAAUUGUGUUUAUUCAAUUCCAUAAAUACUUUUAUUCGCGUGCGACGAAACACGAUUGACAAAUCCAGAAUGCAAUCUUCAGCAUUAGGAACUGUGAAAGGAAUUCAUCAUACGAUACCAAAAAGACGAUGAAUUCGUUUCGAAGGGAAUGAGUUAUCAGGAUUUGUCAGCUAUUGGAGAGAAAUGUAGGAUCCAUCCAAAGUUUCGUUGCCGUGCGUGUUGAACAACACAAAUAGUAUAUCGAUUAACGAAUCAAAUCGAACAGUCGUUAAUGCCUAGCUACGGUAUAACGAUGCGACGCGUAGUAGGUGAGAAGAAACUUAGUGAAAUUUUUUAGAACUCCUGUCGAGACUAUGGGGCUCAUUGUGGCUUCAUUAUUAAAAUUUUUGAAGGACGUGGUGGGCGUAUCUUCGAGAAUCGUGUGGCGUCUAGAUUCGUGUAAUCAUAGAGCUUUAAAUGCACAAGUGCUUUAUUAUUCUCGCCUGAAUGGCCAGUACCUUGUGUAAUUUAAUUUAAUACCAGUGGCGCCAUUUUCCUUCUUACUUCGUUUUUAACGCAUCUAUAUUUGACUAGGCGCCUACGAUACGCCAUAUCGCCAUCGCCAUAGGUUUCGUCACGAUUCCUGUUUUAAAUUUACUAUAGUCCAGCGACGAAUGGUACUUUGUUGUUUUGCCGUCCCCAGACACAGACGACGUUGCGCCGGCGAUAUCAUGGUUUAAUCGACUAAAUCGCGUUAAGUGUUCAGUAGUCGAGAGCUUUGAUGUUAUGAAAAGGACACACAGGCUACGUCUUAAGGUACUUUUAGAAAUCUCGUUUAUAUUUCUGUCACGUCCUGUUAAUAUAUAAGUAAGUUUAAAAGUCUGAUGCUGUAAACUUCUUGCUUCUGUAACUCUUUUGAUUCAAAGAGUUAUUUUAUUUAAAAGUUGGGUCAUUGUAUUUAGAGUAGGCUGAACAUUUUCAGCAAACGUCAGGUAUAUUUGUACCUGAAUUUUAACAUACUCUAAUUAGAAUUUCUAAACGUAACAAAGACGUUGUCCUGUAAAAUUGGUACGGUGGUCAAAAUCUUAGAUCGCAAUACUGAAUGCGAGUGCUCUAGAACGAGAAAGCUCACACACACACACACAAAAAAAAAAGAGAAAAAAGAAAAAGAACACAAAAAAGAAAAAACGGGUAAAAAUAUACGGUUGCAGUUACAGAAGGGAACUUCAAAAGAGAUAAGAACAAAGAACAAAAAUACAUUACGUUGUUUGUUGGCUCAACCUUGCAAGACAAAAGGGGGUAAAAAAGGAAGAAAAAUAUACAAAAAGCAGGCCCUUUGAAAAUAAGGAUGCAUAAAGGCGCACUCAUAUUUUAUAACUGUAUUUAUCAGUACGCUAUAUAUAUAUAUAUAUAUACAUACUAAGUAAUAUUCGUAAAUACAUAAACAUUAAAAUAAUUGAAAAACGACUGUGAUACCGAACGAUCUUGUGACAUUCAAUUUCCAUGCUAAUUGAUAAAUGAACAAUUUAACGAAAUACAAAUAUUAAAUGUAUGAAUUAAUCGGCAUUGAAUGUCCGGAAAGCACGAGCUCAGUUGUUUGAGCAGAGAAUGGAAAUAUUAAGUCGUUAAAAGUGAAUAGAACAUCAAGAACAACGUGGCUGUUGUCCGAUCGGGGAGGGCUGAACGCUAGCCUCUUACAGUCCUAAAAACACGUUUUUGGGGCAUUGUUUCUACUUAAAAUAAACGCGCAUUAAUAAUAGAUAAUAACGGCGGAACGCGUCAUUACUGAUUGAUGAUGUUGGUAGGGCUUUAUAGAAUGUCGAUAUCUUUUGUGCAAACAUGUCGGAUUCUUACCUAAUCUAUGUGAGAAAAAGUACAAAUUCAAUUUGUGUGACAACUGACAGGAUUUUUAGACAUGUCAUACUUAUACCUGUUAUAUUAAUAGAUUUAUAGUGCAAUCGCGUGCGUGAAUCGUAUGCCGUGUGACAGUGGACCAAGGUGUGAAUGCCUCUUUGACGGGGAAUAAUUAUUUCAACUAGAACUUUCAAAUAGUGUUAUACGAAUAAUAUUGUUGGCUUCCGACCACCAUUGAUGCGCGUGGUUUCAAAUUCUAAUAUGAUUGAUUUAUCGUCGAGUCCGUUUAUCAACUCGGAGGCCCUGCCAAGAACAUUACAAGAAGAAUUCACAAUGAAAAGUGAUCGGUCACUUUUCUGUUAAUAUAGUGUACAAUUUUACGGCACAAUUGUUCAGUUAGACCUUAGUCUAUUUAAGAGAUAGUAGAUCAUGCCGUAAUAUUACUAUUAUUACUAUCACUAGUACCACUAUCGCUAUUGUUCGUAUUGUUUUUAUUAUUAUUAUUAUUAUUAUUAUUAAUAUUAUUAUUAUUAUUAUUAUCAUCAUCAUCAUCAUUAUUACUAUUAUUAUUAUUACUAUUAUUAUUACUAUUAUUAUUAUUAUUAUUAUUAUUAUUAUUAUUAUUAUUAUUAUUAUUAUUACUACUACUACUAUUUCAUCUCCUUUCGAUAAAAAUAUUUACGUAUGAUUUCGUAGGUGGUACUAUAUGCGCAAACUUUGCAUAACGGCUUUGCUGUAUUGCGUUGCGUUAUUUUACUGCGAUAGGUGAAAACAAGCAAAAAAAGAAAAAAAAAGAAAAUAGGUGACUUUUGGACACUAUUAUCCCGAAUUUUUCCUUUCGCAUAUUUAUAUAUCUUUCUUCCUCUCCUCUCCUUUCUUCGCGAGAUUCGUAAUCGAUAAAAACCCGCGAUCGUCUCUGACAGUGUUCCUGUUGUAGACAGACCUCCCGUUGAAAUUUCCAUAGCUAUGUAUAUGAAAUCGGAGAAAUUCUGGAUUCUAUCGUCCAAUCGUUCACUCAGGCAACGAAUACAUAUGAUGUGUCAGUGUAAGUUAUUAGUCUUGUGCAGUUGGAAGUAAUAUGUUCAUUUACGAAUAAUGUGGUGGACAGAGAUUAUGCAAGUAACAACUAUACACGAAAGUAUUUUCAUACUUGUUUCUCUCCUAGUUAUAACGCUAUUUUUAUACAUAACAGAGUGAUGUUGACCGCCGAGCAAUCACAAUGUCAUUAAUUCCAUGUGUACUAUUAUCUUUUUUUUUUCCUCUUUCCUUUCGUAUAUUGUGAACCAACAGGUGUUCGAGUAUCGUGAUCGAAUCUAAACGAUGUGUAGCUAUUGUCGUAUGUUUCAUAUUUAAAACAAAAAAAAAAAAACAAAUAUUGAUAAAUAUAUUUGUGCGAUAGUCAGAUGUCCACCGUUUCGUAACUGGUAAAUGUAUAAAUUCAAGCACGGUAUUAUGAUUUAGGACGUAUUAGCAUCUUUAGAGGAAAUAGGAAAGUGGUAUAAUAAACGAGACUAUUUAUUAA